AUCAGAUCACGUCUUCCUUCAUCAAAGUAAUCGCGCUAUUUUGAAAUACUGCUGGUGGAAUCUUUCGCUUUACAGAUACCGGUACUUUAAAGCGCAAAACAAGUUAAUAUCAUACAGCAGACGAUUGAAACUUGCGAGUCAAGUGGUUGGAUGUUGCAAGGGAUUCGUCGUGACGUGAAAUCGUUCGCAUCUUUUCAGAUUUUUGUGGCACCGAUUUAGCUCACCGAGUUUUGAGUUGGACGGGUUCUGCCGAUGAGUGAUUGAACAUAAAUUUGGACAAAUGCAACUCAGCUUGGUGACAAAGAAAGCAGCAAAGUCUUGUCGAAUUCUUCCAUAAAGAGCAGAGACAUCUGGCAAAACUGUUCACUUUGGAAAUUGUGAUUGUAUCAUUAAACCCAUUGAUGCCUUCAGCGAUGUAUUCGGGGAAUAUGUUUCCGGAAGAUUAAAUUUCUGUCGAAAUUUUGGAUCGAUUACAGCGAGUUUGACAAACAAGUAAUCAGUGGUUCUUCAUGUUUCUUGUGGCUGUCGGCAGGACAUUUUAUUUCUUGUUAGCAGAAGAAUUAACUUGGAGUGAUGCAUAUAUUGAUGUACAAACUCAAAGACUCGUCGCUCGGGCGACUGGUCGCAUUUCUCCUGGUAUUUGCACUUGUGGUACCGCUAAUAACUCAUUACUAUUUAGCAAAAGAAACAGUUCCUUCAGAGAGAAGUCGAAUUAAUUUUCAAUCAAGGACCAAGUUAGACAGACCCGUUGACAAAGCGGAUUCUUUACUUGAUAGAAUCGAUGAAUUGAAAUACGAAAUUGAAGAACAGGAGAGAAUCAAAUUGUCAUUAUCUAAUGAACUAAGACAGCUUGAGGGAAGGAAGAACGGGCUUUUAAAAGUGAUUUCUAAUUUUUCUAGAAAAGCAGAGAGCGCAAGAACUCAAGCUGAACAUUACCAUGCUGAUGUGAUUCGAGCACAAAGGGAACUGGAGCUUAUUAAGCUUGCCAAAAUACGAGCUAAUGACUGUCCACAGCUACCUCAUUUAAAACUGCCGCAAAAACUUAAUGUGGAAUCAGAGGAUGACAUUAGCCCGGUCCCAGACCAAAGAAUUUCAUCAAACUGCCAACUUAACAAUUGCUUUGAUUUUUCAAGAUGUGCUUUCAAUUCUGGAUUUCCAGUCUUUGUCUAUGAGCACCCUUUGGGUUAUUUUACUUCAGACUCUAGAGCCAUAGAUAUUUUGCAGUUGUUGAAAAACACUCCAUAUUACACAGCUAAACCAGAGAAAGCCUGUUUGUACAUAGUGAUUAUUGGAUCAACAGAACCUACUCAUCAUCCGAAAAGUAAGAGCGAACUUGAAACAGAUUUACACUCACUGCCUUACUGGAAAGGAAAUGGCAAAAAUCACUUGCUUUUACACCUAAAAACAGACAGAAGACAUUUUACUAGUAUUUUAUCCCUUAACAUAAAUACAGGCUUUGCCUUGGUUGCUCAAUCAACAUUUUUUAAAGACAAUACUUAUCGCCAUGGCUUUGACACUGUGUUACCACCAUCGAUUGGACCCCUCAAGGGAGACGUGUGGCAUCUUGCUGCUUUACAGCUACCAGCAAGAAGGAAAUAUUUGCUGAGUUUUCAAGCGGAACAUGCUGAUCAUCUUACCGAAACGAUGGCCAUUCUACGUGAUCAACUUAACGAUAUAUCCAGAGAGGCUGGAGACUUCUUAAUUGAGCUUUAUCUAUCAAAAUUGGAAUAUUUAAAGGGAACUAGUGAAUGGUUGUUAUGGGCAAGCCCUGAAAACAGAACAAAGGUUCUUAGACAAUCAACUUUUACCUUAAUAGUAGGAUCAAACAGUGCCAGCUCCAGCUGGGACAGUUGUCAUAUCCGGCUGCUUGAGGCAUUACAAUCUGGAGCUAUCCCAGUGAUAUUAUCAAGCAAAGCCAUUCUUCCUUUUAAUGAUGUGAUUGAUUGGAGGAAAGCUGCAAUCAUUCUAUCACAAGCUCGGCUCCCUGAAUUGAACGUGUUACUCAGAACAAUUACAACUGAAGAUAUUCUUGACUUGCGUCGACAAGGCAGAUUCCUUUGGGAGACAUACCUUUCAACUACUGAUGUUAUUUUGAAAACUGUGCUAGCUACUAUGAGAACACGCUUGUCAAUUCCUGCCCAUCAUGUGUCUGCUUCUCCGACGCCAUCAGUGUUCGGUGAUUCCAAGCCCCCUGUUACAAGCUCUCCAGACCCAGAUGCCAAAAGCAGCCUUGCGCUAGAAUCUCCAACUUUCUUUCGAAAUUUAACAUCAACUGUUGUAGAUUCCUACAAUGUGUGGAAUUUUCCUCCAGGUUCUUUCAGAAUGUUUCCAAGCAUGCCGUUUACUCCUGUUUUACCUUCUUCAGCGCCAUUCAAGAAUUCCAGCAAACGAUUCGAACUCAUCGGGGAUGGAAUGGGCGGAGCAGGAGCAGAGUUUAAGAAGGCUUUGGGUGGUAAUUACCCAGUGGAACAGUUCACUAUUGUCAUUUUGACGUACAAGAGAGAACUGGUGCUUAUGGAAACCAUUAAGCGUCUUGUCGGGUUACAAUACCUUAAUAAAGUUGUUGUGGUAUGGAACAGUCCAGAGCCACCUUCUUUGUCGCUUAAAUGGCCUGACAUUGGGGUGCCAGUUCAUGUAAGUGAAAUAAUUAUGUUAUCUUACCAACUUAUCUGUACCAACAGGUAACGCAUUAGAGCAUGA